AUGGUAGCAGCAAAACGUCGUGGUAGACCUCCCAAGUCAUCUCAUCCCACGUCCACCGCCUUUGCAUCCGCUGCUGUUUCAGCGACUAAAGCUUCUCCUAAGUCUACAACUUCACCUUCGACAAGUAAGAAGGCCGUCACCAAGAAAGAAACCCUAGCCUCGAUAGCUACUUCAGAGCAGCAAACCAUUGAACUUCACCAAGCAGACAGUACCCGAUAUGUCGAUACUGAGCUACCCCUCACUUCCCCAUUAUCAUCACCGUCUUCAUCAUCGCCUACGCUAUCUCAGCUUCCUCCAUCCUCAUCACCAAAAGUGACAACGAAAGAAUUUUCGAAAAGCUUCUCGACGUCAACUGUGGAUAUCGUCUCAUCACAGAUUCCUCCGAUCACCGAAAAGAAGAAAAGAGGGAGGCCACCUAAAUCUAUAAAAGCAAAACUAGCCCAACAACCAAUAUCUGAUAAUCCAAAACUAUCAGAACUUUUCGAUGAGGAAGUCCUCUCAAUACCGAAAAUCAAAACACAAAAACCACCGAUCAAAAGACGUCGUCAGUCUUCUACGCCAAUGUCUGAUGUCCUAUCUAUACCGGGACCCUCAAGAAGUAGAAGUGGAUCUAUAUCCUUCUCGUUUUUGGAGGAAAGUGAAGACAUCGAGGAGCAUACAUUGGAUGAAUUCUUAGCUUUGUGUGAUGAAUCAGGUCCAUCGGUGAAGAAGGUAGAGGGGAAAGUGACUAUCUUCAAGCCAAGUAGACUACCUGAUGACCUUCGUAUAGACGACUCUAUUUAUGUAGAGAACAAAGGUCGUUGGUGGGUAGCCAAACUCAUCUCUUUCCAACCUGCCACAAAUUUCGAAGACCAACAGAAAGGAAAGGAUCUAUAUACCGUUCAAAUGAUUGAUGGGAAGGUGUACGAAAGGAAAAGAAGACAGCAAAUUCUCAUGAAAUAUGAUGAAGGUAUAGCGACUUGUGCGCUCGGUCGAACCGAAGGACAAAAGACAAUAUUUUCCAGUAACGCCGAUCGACGUCCUCCCACUCCUGAGCCAUUUCCUUCCUCUUCCCAACCUAUACCGCCAGAUGAGUUUGGCAGAUUGACUCGAAGAAAGCAGUUGUAUAAUAUACGCCCUCAUUUGCAGUCAAUAAUACUUGACGAGUACGCCCCUGCAAGAUGGAGAUCUGACAAGUUCUUUGCGGGUGGUAAAGAACGAUCGAGCUUGAGCAGUGAAGCACAAUAUGGUGAUAUGGAUGAAGAUGAGGUCGCGAAUGUGGUUAUACCUGAAUUGCGAAGAUGGGCUCUGCGAGAGGAAGGAAGGAAGGAUAAGCGAAGACAACCCGGUGAACCGCUUAGACCAAGAGGAUCAGAUUUAUACAACGCUCUCUCAGCUCACGACAUGAACGAUUAUAUUGAAAAUGUUCUUCUUCCAGAAUCGAUUAUAGAGCUAUGUAUCCGAUCAAUUAGUUGGUCCGAUAUCCCAGAAACAGAAAUAAGGAACAAUCAGGAAGAUGAUCUGAACACACUUCUAGACGGUAUAAUCGACAUUGAUGAAUCCGCAGACGGAAAUUCCACCCCGAUCUCAAUCUUUAAAGCGGAAAAUCAGACACCAAAAGAAGAGAUUCAGCAUGAGCAAAAGACUGAUCAGUGCAAUGAUCCUGCUCUGUUGUUGUACAACCGAGCCAGAGAUCAUUUACUGUUACUACGAAAGAACGAUUUUGGCAAAGAUUUCGAAAUGCGUUCUACGGAAUUAAGCGCUGCAAGAGCCAGGAUGAGGAAGAAGUUGAAAUUCCCCGAUGAAGGUUUAGACGCACAAGAUCUAAUCGUGUGGAAAGAGCAAAAUGGAUGGGAAGUGAGUUUUAUCACUGGCCGGAUCAACAAGAUCAAAAAUUUAAAGGAAUAA